ACGGGGACUGUCAGAGCUGUCGCUUAGUAUAUUUUUAGCCGGGAAGCGGGCGCGGGUGCCGUAUUGCCGAGCGCGUGCCGGGUAGUGAGCGUCGCGCCGCGCCGCAGUCGGUGCGCGCCCGAGCGGGGGCCAUGAGCGCGGUACAAUGACCACCAGAGGCAUCCGGAGGAAGAAAUCCUCGCUCUCCGAAGUGAAAGUGGCGGUGGUGGGAGCCCCCUCCGUAGGCAAAAGCGCAUUGACAGUCCGGUUUUUAACCAAGAGAUACAUCGGCGAGUAUGAUCAUCAACAAGAUAGCAAAUAUCGGCAUGAAGUUUUACUAGAUGGAGAGCCAAUACUUUUUGAAAUUUUAGACACGUGUCCUAAGAGUAUGGAUGAGUUGCCGAACAGUGACAUAGCGCAAUGGGCAGACGGUUUGUUCCUGGUUUACUCCAUUACUGACCGCGAGUCCUUCAACUACGUGCGCCGCGCCAAGCAGAGCCUGCAGCCUGACAUACCGCUCACACUCGUCGGGAACAAAGCAGACAUGGUCCACUUGCGACAGGUGAGCCCGGACGAAGGCGAGAUCCUGGCGAAGGACUUCGAGUGCAGCUUCGCGGAGGUGGCCGCGGCCGAGCAGGUGAACCAGGUGGGCGAGGUGUUUCACGAGCUAUGCCGCGAGGUCCUGGCGCUGCGCCGGCGCGCGAAACACAGCCUGCUGGACCGCAUGCUCGGCUCCAAGACCGCAUACCGCGUCUACUCCCGCGGCAAGAGCGACAGUGCGCUCCCCAAAGACUAAGCUCCCCACAUCUGCAUUUAUAACCCAUCUCCAUUACUCGACAUCUGCGCUUGUCCAGCGCACUUAGCUGUAGUAACUCUCAUCUGUUUCGUCUUCUAGUCGUUCAACAUUUUAUUCCGUAAAGACAAAAAACAUGAAUUUAGUUUAGAUUGUAGGGGCUACGUUUCGUUGUUAUGUCACGUAGUAUGUUAAUUAAUUUAUUGCUUGACUGUGAGAUGUGUAAUUUAAUUUUAAUCAACAUUCUUAGUAUAGGUAUGCAUUUGACGAAUGUGGUAUUGUAAAGCUAUGAUUUAACAAUAAAAAUGAUCUAUUCAA